UGAAGCACAGACUCCAGCGCCAGCUCCCAGCCUGCAGCCGCUCUGGAUUUCAGCCUUCAGGCUCCAUGCCAGGCAGACCCAGCCUGCAAAGCACGCUGGUGUGCACCUCCUGGCUUGUCUGCUUAGCCUUCAGUUAUGAGUACACUAAAAAUACAUUGCCAGAUAUUGAGGAUGAAGCUUUCAUCAAAGACUGUGUUCGUGUUCACAACAAAUUCCGUUCAGAGGUCAACCCACCAGCCACGGAUAUGCAGUACAUGACAUGGGAUCCACAACUAGCCCAAAUUGCAAAAAGAUGGGCAAGAACCUGUCAGUUUCAACAUAACCCAAGGUUAGGCCAACAUCUGCACCCAAAUUUUACUGCUCUGGGAGAAAACAUCUGGACAGGGACUGUUUCCAUCUUUUCUGUGUCAUCAGCCAUCACAAGCUGGUACAAUGAAGUAAAAGACUAUGACUUCAAGACUCGGAAAUGUCGCAGUGUCUGUGGCCAUUACACUCAGGUUGUCUGGGCAGAUAGUUUCAAAGUUGGCUGUGCAGUACAAUUUUGUUCUGCAGUUAUUACUCGCUCAACACAAAUUAACCACGCAGCACAUUUUAUAUGCAACUAUGGACCUGCAGGAAAUUACCCAACUUGGCCUUAUAAGAAAGGUUCUACUUGUAGUGCCUGCCACAAAAAUGACAUGUGUUUGGACAAUCUCUGUGCCAACCCCCAGCGAGACAAAGUUUCACGUUACUACUCUCUUAUGUUUCCAGACUGGCCAAUAUAUUCACGUAACAGAUACACAUCUCUAUUUCUCAUCAUUAAUCCACCAAUUAUAAUACUGAGUGUUAUAAUUACCAUUUUUGUGAAGCGCAAAUACCCUCAUUUAACUCUUUUGGGCUAAUAAAUCCAGAA